CUUCUCUUCUAUAGUAUAGCCACUCACGAUGCCUCACGAAUACCCAGCCCUGACCCCUGAGCAGAAGAAGGAGCUGUCAGACAUCGCCCAUCGCAUUGUGGCACCUGGCAAAGGCAUCCUUGCUGCAGAUGAGUCCACUGGCAGCAUUGCCAAGCGCCUGAGCUCCAUUGGCACAGAGAACACCGAGGAGAACCGCCGCUACUACCGGCAGCUGCUCUUCACUGCUGAUGACCGCGUCAACCCUUGCAUCGGUGGCGUUAUCCUCUUCCAUGAGACCAUGUACCAGAAGGCCGACGACAGCCGCCAGUUCACCAAGGUCAUUAAGGAUAAGGGUGCUGUAGUUGGCAUCAAGGUUGACAAAGGUGUUGUGCCCCUUGCUGGAACCAAUGGGGAAACCACCACCCAGGGUCUGGAUGGUUUGUCUGAACGCUGUGCCCAGUACAAGAAGGAUGGAGCUGACUUUGCCAAGUGGCGUUGCGUCUUGAAGAUCACCCCAACCACCCCUUCCCAUCUGGCCAUCAUGGAGAAUGCCAAUGUGCUUGCUCGCUAUGCCAGCAUCUGCCAGCAGAACGGGAUUGUUCCUAUUGUGGAACCUGAAAUCCUCCCCGACGGUGACCACGAUCUCAAACGCUGCCAAUAUGUGACAGAGAAGGUUCUGGCUGCUGUGUACAAGGCCCUGAGCGACCACCACAUCUACCUGGAGGGAUCUCUGCUCAAGCCAAACAUGGUGACUCCUGGGCAUGCCUGCACCAAGAAAUACUCUGCUGAGGAGAUUGCCAUGGCAACCGUUACUGCUCUGCGCCGCACUGUGCCACCAGCAGUGACUGGCAUCACCUUCCUGUCUGGCGGCCAGAGCGAGGAGGAGGCCUCCAUCAACCUGAACGCCAUCAACAAGUGCCCCCUGCACAAGCCAUGGGCCUUGACCUUCUCCUAUGGCCGUGCCCUGCAGGCUUCUGCCCUCAAGGCCUGGAGCGGAAAGAAAGAGAACACCAAAAAUGCCCAGGAGGAGUACAUUAAGCGUGCUUUGGCCAACAGCCUUGCCGCUCAGGGGAAAUAUGUUUCAUCUGGCCAAGCCGGAGCUGCUGCCAGCGAGUCCCUCUUUGUUUCCAACCAUGCUUAUUAAAAUCUGUGGCCUGGUUGCUUGUCUGCUCUCACUUCUGUUUGCUGCAAUCGUGCCUGAGCUACUGUGGUGCCCCCCACUGUUUGUUCUUCAUCGCUUCUCCCCACCUACACUCCACCCCCACUUUCCUUCCUGCCAGCUUCUCUAGUAGGGAAUGCUGGAAGUCUUCCCAUCCUUGGGCUUGGAAGAACACCCAGGUCUUGCUCGUUCCUUUCUCUAACUCUUCCCCUUCUUCCCACCCCCACCCCAAUUUCUGUACGCCUGUUUGUGACUUCCAGCUUUUCCCUCUGGUGACCGACGACACUCCUGGUCCGUGGCCAAAAAAUAACAUCCCAUUGUCUCCGGAGCUGGGACACCUGACUUCCGGACCGCUAGAAAUAAACAAUCUAUUUAAACAUU